AUGCCCAAGAUCAGGACAACGAGAACGAAGGCUCCGCCGGAGGGAUAUGAGGACAUAGAAGAGAUUUUAGAAGACUAUGCGAAGAAGAUGCGAGACGCAGAGAACGAGUCCCACGAGGGAAAACGCAAGGCCGAGUCAUUAUGGCCCAUCAUGCGCAUCUCCCAUGCUCGCUCACGGUACAUCUAUGAGCUGUACUACAAGCGCGAGGCCAUCUCACGAGAGCUGUACGACUGGCUGCUGAAGCAAGGCUAUGCUGACGUUAACCUCAUCGCGAAAUGGAAAAAGACGGGAUAUGAGAAACUGUGCUGUCUUCGGUGCAUACAGACGAAAGACAUGAAUUACCAAGGUUCGACGUGCAUAUGUAGGGUGCCGAAGGCUCAAGUCAGGUCGGGCACUGUCGUUGAAUGCGUGCACUGUGGUUGCCGCGGGUGCAGCUCCGACUCGUGA